UCAUCAACAGCAAAGGGAAAGAUGGCCGUUGUAAAUGUCUGUAAUCCGCUGCUUGCGUUGUCAGACGCAAAGAAUAACACUUUUAGUACACCUAACGUGGCUUCUAUGACAGAUGCUGAAAAAGUAAUAAACACUAAAUUAGAUAGUACCCAGGUUGAAGGAGACAAGAGAGAAGAGGAGCUACUAAAAGGUCUCCUCACUGAUGACUACUGCCACGUGUGUGAGGCUGUGCUUCUCUUUGAAUCUCAACGGCUGUCCCAUUAUGAGGGCAAGAAACAUGCACAGAAACUCAGGGUGUACCUGCGGGCCAAGAGGGCUGAGAAGAUGAACAAAGAGUCCACAGGGUUGCAGCAGACAAUGACUACUGAUAAGGACCGUUUCUGUGAGCUGUGCAACAUGGUGUUCAGUUCCCCUGUGGUGGCAAGAUCACACUAUAAAGGAAAAGUUCAUGCAAAAAAUCUGGGGAAAAAAGGACUUCAGUCUUCAGACCUGGGGAAAGAGGGGAGCACUUCACCAAGUCAGACAGGGAAACCUGGCGAUGCGGACCAGAACUCAACAGCAGAUGGUGAUAUCGAACAUAAUCAUGACCCAACAGCCCCGGAAACAACACCCAGUACUGAGUUUGAUUUGAAGGACCCCAGCAAGUACUGUGCACUGUGUGCUGCUCUCUUCAACAAUCCUCAGAUGGCUCUUCAGCACUACAACGGACGCAAACACCAGAGGAAUCAAGCCAGACAGGAUCUUCUCAGAAAGCUUGGGGACGAUGUCCAACAAGCUAACUCCCUGAUGUGUCAGAUGUGUAGUGUGCAAUUUAACUCUGUGGAGAUGUAUCAGGCCCACAUGCAAGGAAACAAGCACCAGAUAAGGGAGAAGAAAGUUAUUGACCUUUGCAAAUCUCAGCUAAAAUCCCACAACACAUUUACAGAUGAACUUUCAGAUUACAUUCAGGUUCAGAGGGCUCGGGGAAUCACCCCCAAGACCACUCAAGUCCUCCCCACUGGUGACAGACAAAAGCAGGAUGAGGAUGAAGAAAACGCAGACGAAGUCAACAAAGGGGAUUUCCUUGACUUGAGCAAGCAAAUGCCCAACCUUUCUCACACCUCUAAUCCUCCUCAUCACUCUCGCCCAGGUUGUUAUAACCCAGAUGAGGGGUGGGGUCCUCCGUAUCAGGGCCCUCCAUUGCCCUCCAAUGGUUGGUAUUACAACCGCCCUCCUUCAGUCUUCCCAGGCUCAUGCUCUGAAACAUACUCUAGUAGGCCAAUAAAGAGAAGAAGGCUCAGAAAUCGGUCAAGUUCCUCCUCAUAUAACAGCUCUUCAUCAUACUCCUCCUCAUAUUCCUCCUCUUAUAGCAGUAGCGCAAGUGACAGUGACAACAGUGAAUACAGGCGCAGAGAAAAGAGGAGGACUCAAAGAUCCAGGAGGGAGAGGGACAAAAGGGUUAAAGAUGAGGACCCAGACAAAGUGGAGAAAAGGAGGAAACGACAGAGGAAGGACAGAGGUAAUGAGUCUGACAAGAGGAGAAGAGAAGAAUCUGGAGAUUCAGAGGAAGAAGGGAGGAGAACAAAACUGAAAGGUCAUGGCAAGCGGGGAAGACAAGAAAAGGAAUCACAGGGGGAGGACUUGAGGUUGGAGGAAGGGAAAAAGGUGGUGGACAGCUUAAUGCUAGAACACAUGACGGACAAUGACAAAGAGAGAGAUGUGCAUAUUAAGACUGAUGUGAAUGUUGAGCAGGGGGAUGGUGGAGAAGAUGAGCCAGUCAAACCCAAAUACAGGAAAGAGAAGAAGAAAACAAAGGAGAGACCGGACAAUAGGACUGAGGACGAGAAACUGUGGGAUGACUCUAUUCUAGGCUGUUAAACUCAAAAGACAAAGUUUUACAGCUUACAUUAUAUGGAAAUAUCCAUGAACUCUAUAAUAAUGUAAUCUGUUGUAGCAGAUGAAUCAGUUUUCCAGUACCUGCCCAACAGCACAACAGUGUUCUCUGUUGAAAUCUGGUGAGCUAUAGUCACUUUGUGUUUGUAAGAAAUGAAUGAAUUCUUAUUUGAUGUUUUUUGAGUUGGUUUGCACGAAUAUCCACAACUAUGUUCACUUUUUGCCACUAUGACACACAACAAUGUUGAUUUAAUUUGUUUGCACAUUUUUGCACAUUUUUUUUUUUUUUGCAUGAGUUGUAAUGAUCAAGGUGUUCUCUUUACCUCUUAACAUGUCAGUUAGUUAAAUUAUGUUUUAUUUUGUACCUGUGCUUCUAGCAAGGAAAUGAUAGAUUGUGAUCCCUAUGGCCGCCUGUAGUUGGCAGUGUUGAGCUUCACUUAGAGCCUCAGUAAAGCAAAUAAAAGCCAGUAGAUGAUA